UUGAGAAAUAUUGAUAAGCUUGAUAAGUAUUGCUAAUUGAUCUGUGAUUCCCAUGAUAUUACACGGAUUUUUCUUGUUCCUAUUAUUUUGAUUGAUAGUGAGUGUUAGAAAGAUUAUUGUGAUCAUGCAUUUCGCUCAAUCUCACAGCCUGCUUCGCUGUAAAUGUCAACAAUUUUUUCCUUCUUGUAGAAAUUUUUUGAAAACUCGAAUUUUUGAUAAAAAUAACUCUUUUGCCAAUGUUACCGAAGGACUCAAACAUCUGUACAAAACAAAAUUGUUACCACUGGAGGAGAAAUAUUUCUUUCACGAUUUUUAUCUCCCUAAAAUCACAGAUCAAGAUUUUGAUGCUAAGCCUAUGAUUUUGUUAAUGGGACAGUAUUCCACCGGUAAAACUACACUUAUCAAAUAUCUCAUCAAUGGGGAUUUUCCCGGAAUGAGGAUUGGCCCAGAGCCCACCACUGAUAAAUUCAUCGUUGUCAUGCAUGGAGAGAAAGAAGGUUAUAUCCCCGGCAAUGCUUUAGUCGCAGAUUCAUCAAAACCUUUCACACCAUUGUCCAGUUUUGGAAAUAGUUUUCUUAAUAGAUUGCAAUGCUCUUUAUCAAGUUCGCCGAGACUUGGUGAAAUUUCAUUCAUCGAUACACCUGGUAUUUUGUCUGGAGAAAAGCAACGCAUUGACAGGGGCUAUGAUUUUACCGGAGUCCUGGAAUGGUUUGCAGAGCGAGUUGAUCGUAUCAUCCUUUUAUUUGAUGCAAAUAAAUUAGAUAUAUCCGAUGAAUUUCGACGAUCAAUUGAAAUUUUAAAAGUGCAUGAUGAGAAGAUAAGAAUUGUUUUAAACAAAGCAGAUAGAAUUGGUCAUCAAGAACUGCUGCGAGUGUAUGGAGCGUUGAUGUGGUCCCUUGGAAAAGUACUAAGAACUCCUGAAGUAUCACGAGUCUACGUCGGUUCAUUCUGGGAUCAGCCUCUGCAGAAUGAUAUGUUCAGAAAGUUGUUUGAGGAUGAAGAAAUGGAUCUCAUGAAAGAUAUUCAGUCGCUACCUAGAAAUAACACCUUACGAAAACUAAAUGACAUAAGUAAACGAGCAAGGCUUGCCAAAACUCAGGCUUAUUUAAUUGCAGAAUUGGGUGGACAAAUGCCAACCUUCAACAUUUUCUCGAAUAAAGCCGCAAUUCAAGAAAAUUUAAUCGACAAUUUGGCAAGUAUGUUCCAAACAAUUCAAGGUCGAUAUCGUCUGUCACCAGGUGAUUUUCCUCAAUUAGAAAAAGCUCAGGAGAAGUUGAGAGCAUAUGAUUUUUCCAAGUUUCCGUCCCUUAAUGAAGAUCUCAUCAAUGCUGUUGAUGAAAUGAUGAUGAAAGAUCUACCUCAAAUCAUGUCCAACAUACCUGCUGAGGAGAGCAAACAAAAUGAGUUCCUAACAAGUGCUGGUCUAGAAAAUACACCUUUUGGUUAUGAUCAAGGCGUUGGUAUCAAUGAAGGCAAAAGCGAACGUGGAUGGGUCGUCGAAAAAUAUAGACAAAAAUAUGACAGUAUUUAUGACUCUUUAGCUCACAAUGAUAACAAGAUUGUUGUAUCAGUUGCACGUGAAGAAAUGAUGAAAUCAAAACUACCAAGCAAUGUCCUGGGCAAAAUUUGGAAUUUGGCUGAUGUUGACGGAGAUGGUGUUCUUGAUAGGGAUGAAUUUGCCUUGUCAAUGCAUUUAAUAGACAUCAAAUUGAAAGGUCAUGAGCUGCCUGACAAGCUUCCAGAGCAUCUAAUACCACCGUCAAAGAAGAACCAUGCUCCAAGUAGACCCUAGGAAAGUUUGGACUAACACCCAAAGUACAGAACAAAAUCCAAGUAUGAUAGUUUAUCAGUGCUCCAAGUACAAUCCAAAACUGUAACUACUUAUUUUAUUUCUAAUGGGUCUUUUAUCAGCUGUUCCAUUAUCUUUUGUAAUAAUAGCAGCAGACAGUUCAGGCAAACUAGUCUUUCCUCCUCAUCUACCAAGUGAUCUACUGAAAUUCAAUAUGUAUUAGCACAUGCAUAGAGAGGUAUAAAGAUAAGUUUUCUGCGUCUAUCCUCCAAAUGGUUAAAAGGACAACCAUUGCACCUUAAAAAGGUUUUUACUCAAAUGAAGAUUUUAACAUUUUUAUUUACCUUUUUCAUCUUUGGAAAAAAAAUAAUGAUAAUAGUGUAAGUGCCCAUGGUAGCUACACUAAAAAAUUCAACUCAACCUUUUAACUUUGUGUCCUUUGUGGUUAAGUUUGAAUCGUUUUUGAAGAAUGUUUAUGAUAGUAUUAUGAGGCUGCAUUUCCAAAUAAUUUUAAUUACAUAAAAUGAAUACAUUUUAGCUAUUCAAGAAUUUUUUAAAAAAAUUUUAGGUCAAAAUCUAAAAGUAAUUUCCAAUAUUUUUUUUCAAAUUUCUGUGGAGAUAUUCUCAAGUGCAAUGUAAUGUAAUCAGACUUAGUCUCCAAUAUUUUUGCCUCUCCUUGCUUUAUCUCUCUUCUCAUUAUUUUUCCUGCAAUUUUCUCUGUAACCUUAUAAAACUUAAAAUUUAAAGAAGAACUAUAAAAAAAUUCUGGGUAUAUUUCUUCUGUACAUGGUAUUUUUCCAUGUAACCAGAUAUUGUUUUGCAUAAUUAUUAAAUUAUGUUUGUUAUUUUCAAAAUGUUAUUAGUUUGUAUAAGGGUCACUCCAUAUCAUUCAAUUGCGUUGAGACUCGCCAUCUCAGAAUGCUUCACAUUGUUAUGAAACUUUAUUUCCAAGAAGUUAAACAGGAUGUAUCUGUGUGUAUUGAGAAAUCUGUAAAAAUUCCAUCUGCCCAAUAAUUUGAAUUAAAAUUUGGAAACAUUACCAUCAAAACGCUUAAAUUUUGAAAAAAAAUAUUUUCCAAGGCUCUACCGCCUUUCUACGGAAACAAAUGUCUUGUAAAUCAUCAUAAUUUUUUCAGAAUAUUCAUUGAAAAAUCGAUUUCCAGCGUGCUUCUCAAAGCAAUGCCCUAAUUUGAGAUUUUCAUACAAGAAAUUGUUACCUGGGUUUGUCAAUGAAAAUUUUGUCUGUCUCCCUCAUGAAACGAUGGGAAAAAUAAAAAAAAAGAAACUUGGAGAUAAGUCAAACAAAAUGUAGACAUUUUAAAUAACAGUCGGUUCAGGUUCACAUCGUCCUAGAAAAAACAGAGCAAUGGUCAGAUUCUAAGAUCUUCAAUUAUUCAUCUAUUGCGGCCUCUAAAUUUUUUAAGUCUGGGUCAUUGAAGGCUUCGGGGUUGCAGGGCUUGGCGGCUUCCGAGGAGAGAUGAGCAAUUUUGCCACAGGAACAGAACUAUUUUGCAAUGCGCAGGUCCAAUCUUUCUGAGGGCUGGUAUUUCCUUACAGGCAUUCUGAGGGUUAUUCCACUUUUUCAGGUUUGGGAGAAAUUAAAUUAAAAAGUUAAAAAACCUAGAUUCUAACCUGAGUCCUGGUUAUUGUAGCUUGAUGCAAACCUGAACCGAUGGUUAUGAAAACCUCUAAAUUUUGUUACAUUUUGGAGUUCCUAAUUUUUUCAUAGCUUCAUAAUAGAAAUCAACAAAUUCUGAGUGUUUUAGAUUCCAUACUCAGGUGAAUUAUUAUAUUUUGAUGGUGACGUUCGUAAAUCGUUUUCCAAAUUGCUCGAAUUUCAAACUCACCAAUUUUUUAAAGCAGGAAGUCCCUCCCCAUUUUGCCUCAAGUUUUAAAAUUUUAUUAUCUGCAUUAUCGGAGCAUUCCAUGUUUCAGAACGACUUCUGCUCAACUUGUGGCUGCUAAAGAGAAGUAGAAGAGUUGAACGAAACCGAGAGCAUCUGAUCUUAAAAAUUUUUAGAACCAACAAUAUGAACAGAAUGCUUUGUCAAAAAAUUUAAAAAGUGAAAUCACAAGAAAUCAUUGAGUUUUGAGAAAGUGAUCGCGUGCUUGGUUGGAAUGGUCAUGAGUAAUCCCUGAAAUUAUUGAUUUUCGAAAAACAAUGAUAAUAUUUUGUACAAACAAAUUUGUUUUGUCAAAUAAAAUAUGUUAUAAUUUUUUUACAAAAAUGAAUGUCGUGUAGCAUUUGAGGUGUUGAAAGAAAAAAAAAUCAGAUGAUGUCAUUCUAAUAACAUUUAUGAACACUUCUAAAAGUCUUUGACAAAUAGAGCCAUCGUACACACCACGAGAUAGAUGAAGAGCUGUAAAAAAAGUAUUGAAGUCAGUAGAAGUAUAAAUUCCGUUUUAAAUUUUGAUGGUCCAUGUGUCGCAGGCAAUUAGCAGUCGCCGGAAAUUUGCAAGCGGUUCAAACGCUGUUUCAAUAAAUCGCAAUAAUGCACAUCGGCAUAAUGCAAUUUUUAAGGGUUAAGGUCUUCAAAAUUAUGAUCUCGGCUUGAAGCGCCUUCAUUCUUUGUGAUACUCUACGCUUUGUCACGAUGUUAGUUUAGUUGCCUGCCCCAACUAAUGUCGCGAAGUUCAAUGCACGCUCCUCUGAGUGUGCAUAUUUCUGUCAUGUUUUCGAAGAUGGAAAAGUGUCUAUUCACAUUACAGGCAACACAAUCAGCACUCUAAUCUUAUUCUUUUAUUUUUGAAUUCUAUGAUUUUCUAUAUUUAUUCACCACUGGCUUGCAAAUUGCCGGCGAUUGCUAAUUGCCUGCGACACAUGCAAAAUUUAGAAGAGUUAUUCGAAAUUGACUUCGUUGCCUGUUCAUGGAUCCUAAUGUAAGUUUGAUGUAUUUUCUUAGCACAAAACAUGUUGUUUCUCUGGA